CCAAACCUCUACCAUGGUGCAAGGGAUAUAGCUCGAGAAGCAACCAGACAGUCCUGGAACCAAGGAAUGGAUGACUACAAGUAUCAAGACAACUAUGAGCGUUAUGCCCCUAAUGAUGGCUAUUAUCAUGGCAAUGAGUCUAACCUAGAGGAGGAUGCACAGAGUGAUGUUACAGAAGGCCAUGAUGAGGAGGAUGAGAUCUAUGAGGGUGAGUACCAGGGCAUCCCCCACCCAGAUGAUGUCAAGGCCAAGCAGACCAAGAUGGCAGCCCCCAGGGUGGAUGGCCUUCGGAGCCAGGCAGACUUGAUGGCUGAGAAGAUGGAGGAUGAAGAGCAGUUGGCCCACCAGUAUGAGACCAUCAUUGAAGAGUGCGGGCAUGGGCGCUUCCAGUGGAUCCUCUUUUUUGUCUUGGGUUUAGCCCUGAUGGCUGACGGAGUAGAGGUAUUUGUGGUGGCUUUUGCCCUGCCCAGUGCUGAGAAGGAUAUGUGUCUGUCCAGUUCCAAGAAAGGAAUGCUCGUGUUUGCUAAGAAGAUGAUGGGCAAACACGAUGAAGCCUGGAUGAUUCUCAAGCAAGUCCAUGACACCAACAUGAGGGCUAAGGGGACCCCAGAGAAGGUAUUCACGGUGAGUGUGGUUGCUUAUGACAAGAAGAAGAAGAAGAAGAAUUACUAUGGACUGACAGUUUGGUUCCCUGAUAUGAUUUGGUAUUUUCAAGAUGAAGAGUACAAGUCUAAAAUGAAACUAUUUAAUGGUGAGCACGUGUAUGGAGCUACAAUCAACUUCACGAUGGAAAAUCAGAUUCACAAAUAUGGGAAACUUGUGAACGAUAAUUGUUAUUCUUGUUCAACUGAGUGUGGCUCUAUGCUAAUCUCGGCAGUCUGCUGCUGCUUCCUGUUUUUUGGCAACAGUGAGUCUGCGAUGAUUGGCUGGCAGUGCUUAUUCUGUGGUACCAGCAUUGCUGCCUGGAAUGCUCUGGAUGUGAUCACAGUGGAGCUAUAUCCUACCAACCAGAG